AUGUCCUACUACUUCGUCAUCAUUUCACCGACAGACUCUCCGGUCUUCGAAUUGACGUUUGGCACUUCCAAGGCUGGGGGUGAUGGUGUUGCGCGUUUCCGGAAUGGAGAGACAUCCCGCUACAUGAAUCAAUUCAUAGUGCAUGCUGCCUUGGACGUCGUAGAGGAGGUCCAAUGGUUGACCCCAAACAUGUGGCUCAAGGUCAUUGACAACUACGCCCCCACCAAUUCUCAUAUCAGCUGCUUCAUUACUGGUACCAACUGUCGCUUCAUGCUCCUUCAUCAACCUAGUGCGUUGACGAAUGCUUCUGCGGGUAGUCGUGCUUCCACCAUCUCAUCUACAUCAAUUCCCCAGAAUCCGACCAGUCCACAGACAGAAGAAGCAAUUCGACAAUUUAUGAAUGAAGUAUUUGAGUUAUGGGUGAAGACUUUGAUGAGCCCAUUUUAUACCGUCGGUAAUCCCAUCAAAAGUCCCGUGUUCAGACAACGGGUUACAGCUGCUGGCCGGAAAUGGCUAUGA